AUGCUCAACCGCGUCAGACUCUCCAGCCUGCUUUGUGCGACCACCCGGUCUGAAAAGCAAUUAUUGUAUUCCACCGUUAGCAAUUCCAAAAAGGGACAAGCGCGGAGGAGCAGCAGUAACUGUUCGUCCUCUAGCCCAGAGCAAGACAGCAGUGCGAGUUCCAUGAGCCUUCCAAAGACAGCUGCUAGUGCAAUGGACUCAAAAGUCUGGGGCUGGGCGCUUGGGCUUGGAAAGGAAAAUGAAGAGGACGAAGGUGAGGAGGAGGGUGGACUGGGGGAGAUGAGGCACAUGGGAGGGGAUGCAGAAGGGAGCCUUCUCUCCCCUUGCAUCCCUGUCCCCUGCUCUGAUGCUUCAGCAACCCCUCCUUCCGCUUGCCCCGAUUUUGCUGCUGCAUCGCUUACGACUGUUGUCCCAUCUACUGCUGCCACAGAUGUAGCACCAGGAAAGCCACUUCCUACUGAAGCAGAAGCUUCCGCACCAGAAACAGAAGAGCCACCAGAAGAGCCACCAGCAGCAACAGAAGAGCCACCAGCAGCAGCAGGAGAACCAGAGGUAGCAGCAGCCGCACCAGUAACAGCAGAUAUAUCUGGACCAGCAGGAGGAACCCCAGCAUCAGCAGCAGCAGAAGCAGGAGCAUCAGCAGCAGCAGAAGCAGGAGCAUCAGCAGCAGCAGAAGCAGGAGCAUCAGCAGCAGCAGAAGCAGGAGCAUCAGCAGCAGCAGAAGCAGGAGCAUCAGCAGCAGCAGAAGCAGGAGCAUCAGCAGCACCAGACGCAGGAGCAGCAGCAAAAUUGCCACCUGCUGCUGCUGCUAGCCCUGCCCCAUGUGCGGGAUGCCCUGCAGCGCUACGAGCCACACGCCAGCAAAAGCGUUCGAAGGUCUCAUACGUGUUCCUCCUCUCCUCACCCAGCUUCCGCGUUAGUGACAGCAUCACACCCAGCGCCUUCGCGCUAGGACUCGCAUCUUCCACAGAAGCUCCCCCCUCCCUCUCACCAUCACCAUCACUCCCAGUCACAGCCAGAGCAUUAUCAAGUAGCACACCAUCCAUCUCUUCAAGCAGUGACGCUCCUCCUUCGCCCUCUCCUUCCCAGGUAUUCCUCUUCACAAACACGCCAGCAGCUUCGGAAGCAGAAAAUGCUCAAUCAACGCAUCCUCCCUCUCUCUCGCUGCGACUUGGUCCAAAAUUGCCACACGCACCGACCGACACAAGGCGAUAG